AUUUUUCCACCGAUUUUCGCUGGCUGUUGCUGUCUUCCUGCUCGAGAUCUUCCCUGCCCAAGAUGUCUGUGUUCCACGUGCUGUUCUAUCUCUCAGCCUUGGGAAUAAUUUAUACAGAUACUGGCGAAACCCCUUUGCCUGUGAUGCAAAUCCCUGCGUGCCUGACUGCAGUGGAAGGUGCAAAUGUGUCAAUGUAUUGCUCCAUCCCGCUUUUCGAUCGCACAAUAUCGGUGGAUGUCUCUUGGCGGAAAGAUGGGCAGACCAAAACUUUGGACCCAACAGCAGACACAAGGAAAACAAUAUUACCGUUCAAGCAAGCAUCUGCUGAAUUCCAUCUGUUGAAUGUGAGCUUCCGGGACUCCGGAAUCUAUUACUGUAGCAUCAGCGUCUUCGGCAGGAAGGCUUCCAAUGGGAAUGGGACUAAGCUUAUCGUACACGUGCCACCAACCCCGCUGAAGAUAACCCGCCAGUACUCGCCCUUCCUCGCUCUCCUCUGCACAACAGCUGGCUUCUUCCCGGGGCAGUUUGAACUCAUGUGGUAUAAAAAUUUCUCCGAAAUCACGUCUAACAUCAACAUCAGGAAAAUCCUGAACAAAGAGGGUUUAUUUCAAGUUUCCAGCGAGCUCAGUCUUCCGGAGAGGGAGUCAGUCUAUACCUGCCAGGUUUCUCACAUCGCACUCAGCAUCCCGGCAAAUAUCAGCGACAAAACUCCGAAUCACGGUAACCAAGACCGCACUUUCUCCUACGCCUUAGUCUUUGGUUGUGCUGCAGGCGGGAUUAUGAUUUUAGUUCUGGGAAUUGUCUUCAAGAGGUGCAAAUUCGACAGAACAACUG